CUUUCCCUGUCGCGGUGGUUUCGGCUCACGGAGAUUUCCGUUAGCUUCCCUCGUAGCCUUGACGUCCCGCUCCCGGCUCGUGUCUUUCCCAUACACCGUCAUUUUCACUGGAACUUUCGUACCAAGCUAAUUUUGGCUCUCUGAGGCUUCCGUCUAGUCUCCCAUCGUGCUCUGCGCCGCUGCUAGGCAACGGGACAGCAUGGUGCCUGGCGUGGAAGGGGAAGGCGUAGACUGAACCGCUAUUUUAUUAGGACCGCUGUAAUACUGGCGAUAUCGAGAGACGCCUGAUGAGACUUCGGGGCUCAGUUUGGACUGGUCCGGCACUGAAAGGGCGAGAAGCAUCUGAUUCUAUGAACUUGCCAAAUGAGGACCAGUGGGACGAAACCACCUGUGGCUCGGCAGUUUGUCAGCAUCCACAAUGCUGGACAUCUCUCCGACGGAUUGAGAGGGGCCAUCCUAGGAUCCUGGACUCAUCCAGCAAAUCUCCCCGCGAAGUUGAAGAUAAACUCCCGUCACUCACCAUUGUAAAUAUCAUGGAUACCUGCUUGUGGUCCAAGCAGAGGGUGGUUCAGCGACCACGAUCAGAAUUUACCUUCCCUAAGGAGCGGUCUUUACUGUGGAAACCAACCUGCAGGCGUCAUGGCAGGUCUCCGAAGGCUUUACGUGACAAAGGUGUAACUAGCCUUUCUAGUCCUCCUACACUUUCAGUGUUGAAUCUGAAUGAGGCAAAACUCCCUUUUUCCGAAGAUGUUGGAAACUUGGUGGUAACCUGGGUGCCAGAAGAAACAGAGAAGAACAUAAGCUGGCCUGGGAAGAAGAGAAAGAAACCGAGAGAGAAAACCAAGCCAUCUCUGUAUUUCUCUGGAAGACAGUAUGCCUCGACAUACUCGAGAAGUCCAGGGGUGAUUGUACCUCCUCCCUCUCCAGUACACUUUUUUGACCCAUUAAGUUCCCAAGUCAUACCCCUAUGGGCCCAGGUCGACAUGCUUCCCCGGGAUCUGCUGGAGGAGUGCUUUUUGGCACAUGAGAAAACCAUGACUAGUCCUAAGGUGAAGAUAGAGUUGACCAAGAUGAGAAAGAAUCUCCCCACAGAAAAGAGCCGACCAGACAGCGCUAUCUCCUCUAAGAUGUAUCUAACUAUACACCGCAUCACCCUGCAAAGACCGUCGCUGCGGUACCCUGAACAUCUGAGGAAGCUGCAGUACAACCUGAAGAGAAGGGAAGGGUCUCCCGGGCCUGACUCUUCAGGUUUCAGGAAGCAGCCGCAGAGGAAGAUGAAAACCUCUACUAAGAAACAGGAGGCUAAGAAGGAAGCCCAGAUUGAUGCGGAGGUCCGGCGCAGUAUGAGUCAGAUAAUCCCAUCAGUAGAUGAAGCUGAGCAAAAUCUGGAGGAGCAGGAAGAGGAGGCAAAAAAAGCCUUUGGGAAACAUGCUUCCGUAGAGGAAACAUCGGAUUAUGACCUCAGCAGCUACUACACAGACUACUCUUCCUUUCCAGAGAGCCCUGUUAUAUAUGAGCCGGUUUAUGAAGACGCUGGUGACGUGGAUGAGACUAUGGUGGGAAUGAUGACUUCCAGCCAAAACAGUAGUCCCAGGAGUGUGUCUGGAAGUAUGGACAAAGGCAGCUGGAACCCUGACCUCAAACUGCUGAGGAUUCUUCAGGCCCAUGUUGAGGAAGAUGAGAACCAUCUUUCUAGGGCCAGAGUGAGGCAUCUCUGGAUGCUUAGGCUGGAGAUGUCACAUGGGGCAACCUUAGCUGGAACAGUUCUUGGUAUUCUGAGGACAACAACCUUGGACGUAGGAUAGAAAAGAGACUUGUUCUCUGGAUUCCUUCAGCAGGACAAGGACUCAGAGACCCUGCUUUCUUCAUUUGCUUCUUACCUCCAAAAUGAGUGAGAAAAAAGCCCUAAACCUGCUCAAUAUAGGAAGAUUUUCCAGGGCAGAGUAUUUCCACGAUUAAACACAAUCCCUUCUAUCGAAA